AUGAGUGUUGUGACCACCACAGAAGAUAUAUUUGAUGGUAGAGAUAGAGUGAAGGUUUGGGACAAGGAAUGUUUGAGUUGGAAUGUGAUGACAAAGUCACACGACUAUCUGUUCCCAGGUUUAGAGUCAUCUCCAUAUGCUAAAAGUCUUACAACAGAGGUCCAAAAUAAUAGACCAGUAAUUUGUCAAGGCAUGAGGUGGUCCAUGGAUGGUAUAUCAUUAACUACAGUUAAUGAUGAUUUUGGAGUACGACAGUAUCUAAUUCCGGAAGGACAAAAGCAGCUUGUGCCAUUUCAAAGAUUUUUCAAAACCCAUUCUAUCAUAUCGCAUGCCAUCCAUCCAAAUCACUCAUUAUUUGAGAAAGAUGACAACAAUAAAGUAAUUUUACUGUCUUCAAAUGACUUGCCAAUUCAACUGUAUUCACUUAAUCCCAUGAGGGAACAAAAUAAAUCAUUGGUUAACUUCCGGUUUGUAAACGAAGAAAAUGAUAAACUCUUGACAGCUUAUUCCAUUGACUUUUGUAGUAGGAAACACUUUAUUCUAGGAUCCACAAGAAAUACUAUUGCAUUAUUCGACGUAUCUCGCCGUGAACCAUUGUGGAGUUCACAAUCCACUCGUAUUAGAUGUGGGAGACAUGCUCAUAAAACUAUAGUUUCUUGUUUUGACCAAUGCAACGAAAGACAUGAUAAUAUUAGAUAUGCUGGGACAUAUAAGUCUGAGUUUUUACGGGUAGACCCAAGGGCUUGUCACAUAUCUACUUGGAAAACCUUAAAAGAUGGAAAUCGCGGCAUCUAUCAGAUCUUGCAAAGUGACAAUGGACAUUAUUUUUACAUAUUUAAGAGAAAUUCUGAUAAAAUUACAAUAUUGGAUCUGCGAAAAUCUAUGGAAGUAGUCAAUGAACUUCAACUCCCUUUCAAGGUUUAUCAACAGAAAUUUUAUGCCGCUUACAGCCCAUAUCACGGGCUCCUGAUGGGUGACGAUAGCGGGCAUCUAUUACGGUGGACAACCGAUAUUAUUGAAUUUGGAGGAAUAGAUAGAUAUGGUAGACCAAGCAGUGAUGGGAUCCGACCUACUGAUGUCAUUGAUCUAAACACUGGUCCCGUUAGAAUUAAUAUAGUCCAUCAAAACCCCAGUGAUAUUAAUUCCUUAUCUGUUUCAUAUUCUCCGGAUAAGUUCUGUGAAUUAAAUGAUAAAUGCAAGUCUGGGAUCAUGCUAAUUAAACUAUAG